CUUUUCUCUUUUCGAUUAUGUUUUUCUAUUUCACUUUUAGACAAAAAUUCUGCCCACCUCCUCCAUAUAUCCCGAGAGACGCUCAGAGCAAAAUCCCGAUUACGGUUUCUCUUCACUCCAUCGGUGAAGGAGAGCCGCUGGGAAGCUUGGAGAGAGGCGACGAAAUCCAACUCUCUUCUCAAUACAUGGGAUUCCAUGGCUAGGAUUGGGUGUCCAUGGACCUGUUUUAGUCUGAAGAUGGAGGAUUAUCGAUCCCCAGCAAGUAGCAACUCGUCUCCCAUAUCAUCUUCUCAAACUGAUAGCAGAGCAUCUCCCCGGCAAAAUCUCGACCACAAAGAUAUUCUUCUUCUUCUAAAAAAUAAUUAGGGGAUGAAUGUGUUUAUAUGUUUAUUCUGAAGUAUGAUGCCGAGAAAUCAGAAGUAAAGCCAAAUCAUGUAAUACGUAGUACAUAAAUGCAAGAAACUAUAAAUAACCUUCAUAGGUUUUGAUGGGGAGAACGACCUUGGCCUUCACUGUGUGUUAUCCGGGUGUGACAGUCUUCGGAAGCUUGAGAUUAGAGUCUGUCCCUUUUAGGGUAAGGCACUUCCGGCUAAUGUUGCAAAGCUGGAGACAAUGUGAUCACUUUGGAUGUCAUCUUGCCCUCUCACCUUCAGAGCUUGCAAGCUGUUAGCACAAUAGAUGAAUAGACUGAAUAUUGAGGUUAUAGAGUAUAGACAAGAGGGGUCUGCCGGAGUCAUGGUAUGAAUAUGAGUGUGUUCAGAAACUAUAUGUAUGUCGUUCUAUUGCUGUCCCGAGGUUUGAUAUGCCCUUAUUUGUUUGGGUGAUGGAUGAAGAAGCAUCUUUGAGGUGCUCUUAUUGUCCUCUGGAUAUUAUUUGUGGUUGAAGAUCAUGAGAGGAGGUCAAGGCAGGCAUUUUGGAGUGGCAAGAGGGGAGCCUGAUGUUCCUGGAUGUGAAUUGGAGGAGGGGGUGGUGUUCUCAUGCCUAUUUCGUUCUGUAGAGCAUUUUUAGUAGCUAUUCAGAGUAAUAAAUAUUUAGGACAACACUUUCUUCUGUUGUAUUAUUAUUUAGACUUGCCAUGUUUGUUCAAUAGUAAAAAAAUAUAAUACUAGUACAUAAAUGCAAUAAUAAUUGUAUAAUUUAUAAAUAUUUGUUGCAAU